AGAUAUCAAUGAUCUCUCCUUCCUUCCGAACUGUAUUUUAGGAUAUUCAGCCUUUCAACCGUGCUUGGCAUCUUUUUGAUUUUUUUUAUACCUCAUGAUUGUACGGUGAUAGGUUUCCUUUUCUCUUGUAAAGUUCUCCUUUUCUCUUUAAGUUUUUGUGGGUGGAUUUGACGACAUGGCUGAGGUGAUCACAUCUGUCGAGAAUGGUCCCAGUAAUCUCGAAUCUCAACCACAAAUCCAACCACAAUCCGAAUCCGCAACCCAAGAGGAGUCCAACACAACGGCCGCACCCGACUCUUCCGCAAAUCCAAAUUCGGCGCCCACUCACGGCCGUCGACGGACAUUUCUGCAGAAACUGUGGCUCAUUGUUGAAACCACAUACAAUGUCAUCCACCUGCUUAUCCUUAUCAUCUUUCUCUCCUUGUAUCGAUCAUCUUGCGAUGCACCGCUGAAUGUUUACCUGAUUGGUUUACUCGUCAUGGAGGUGGUCUACGGGGUGCCGGCCAAACCCAUCAUGUAUUUCGUGGACCGGCGACCAGAAUGGCGGACGAGCAAUGUUUGGAGGAGAGUGAGAAAGUUGUGGGGGACUUGUGCGGGGGUGGAUGUCGUGUGGUUUGUUGUUGGAAAUGUGUGGGUUUUCAGGAGCCAGACUUGCAAGACGCAGAAUCCCCAGCUCUACUGGCUUACUUUUGCCGAAAUUAUUGUUCGAUACGCCACGAUUGUCCUUCCCCUAACCCUCUUCCUCAUCCUUCUCUGCGUUUUCCGGGGCCGUGUUCGCCGAGAUAUGCUGGGGUACCCAGAACUCCAAACAGGGUUAACCCCUCUGGAACUCACCCGCCUCAAAACCUUUUCCUUUAAUGAACUUUCCCUCCCAUCUCAGGUUGAAAUCAUUGUAGAUGACUCUUCACAUACCCCAAAUUCCCACUUGUGCUCUGUUUGUCUCACCGAAUACGCCCCGCACGAUCGAUUAAGAGAGCUGGCAUGUCAUCACCGGUUCCAUAAAGCAUGUAUCGAUCAAUGGCUGUUGGAUGAUCCCCGUACGUUGACGGGUGGACAUCGGACUUGUCCGCUUUGUGUACGGGAGGCGAUAAAAGAAGAAGAUCGGGAUCCAGAAUGGGUUGCGAGAAAGAAGAGGGCAGAUGAAAUUGAGAGAACAGUUGAGGGGGAUAUGAGGAGGGCGGUGGAGGAGAGUAGGAGCGAAGCUGUGAGGAGAGCUGAGGCCGCCAGCGGAAGUGGGGAAGGUGGGGCACCUGCAAAUGCAGGUAACGCCCCAGGAUCUGAAGAUACCGGUGGGGAGGUCAGUGGAAAUCGGGAGAGUAGUGCCCCAACAAGGGCCGACGCUAACGGGCGGGAAAGCACAGAGUCAGUGGGAGAGUCUUGUGCUCGGCCUUCUGUGGAGGAGGUGCGGACAGAAUCUAUACAACAAACAUAAACGCGCAAUGUAACAAAUAUAUACUAUGUAGUUGCAUACCUCAUGCGUCGUAACCCUUAACAAGACCUAGAGGAUAUCUCUUCUCUAGUAUGAGCCAACAGCGUUGAUAACUGAUCCCGAUCAGUGGAACUGAUA